UUCACUCUGAGCUGCUGUCUCCAGCUGCUGCAGCCGUGUGUGUGUGUGUGUGUGGCCUUUUUUCCCCUCCUCCUCCUAAUUUAUUAAUUUCUACGCAUUGUGCUUGAUGUGCAUGGGAGGAUGUGUAUUUGUAAAUAACAGUUCUGUCCACAUGAACCUGAUGCAUAAACCAACAAAGAGGGAACAGCCGAGAGAGUAAGAGAGUGGUGAAAGAGUGUUAACAUCCUUCCUGGUAUGCAAAGGCCACCGUAGAUGCCUGAUGCACUUGGGGAAGGGAGCGGUGAGGGGAGGAGUCCUCCAUUUUUUCUUAUUUCUGCAGUGUUACUAUUAGAUGUCAGUCAUUGUUACACACUGGACCUUUAAAAACUAUUAAAUCAUGAAACACUAAAGAUACUUUCUAUCAUCAAAUCUCAGGAUGGAGCCUCAGCUCCUGCUCUAAGUCUCCUCCACGUAUGUACUACUACAUAAACCAGAACAUGACCUGGUUCCAGGCUCAGAAUUACUGCAGAGAGCAUUACACCGACCUGGCAACCUUUGACAGCUACGAUGAUAUAAGCAUGCUAGAACCUACAUUGACUUAUAAGACUGCAUGGAUCGGACUGUUUGAUGACCCCAAAUCCUGGAAGGAAAACCUUGGAAAUGAGUCCAACUCCUGGAGAUGGUCAGUGACUGGUGAAGCAGGCAAUACUACUUUUGAGGCUUGGGCUAGCGGAGAGCCCUCGUAUACGAAUGGAAGUGAAUCCUGUGUAAUCAUGAAUCCUGAUGGAACUUGGGGAGACGCCAUCUGUGCCAGUGCCUACUCUUUUGUUUGUUACACAGUCACAAACCAAAGCGAGAAAGUCUAUCAUUUCAUCCUGACGGUGAAAUCAUGGAAUUCUGCUCAGGAAUACUGCAGACAACACUACACAGACCUCGCUAUGAUUGAGAACGCUGAAGAAAACGCUUUGGUCUUUUCAAAAACUGGUAAUCCGAAUCAGACAUCUUGGAUCGGUCUGUACCGAGUGCCAUGGGCAUGGUCUGACGGGUCUCACAGUUCCUUCAAGAACUGGAGAGGCAUUCAACCAGAUAACUUAGCCGGUAACCAACACUGUGUGGUCGAAGUGUGGCCUCAACAUAAUUGGGAUGACAUACCCUGUCGGUUGUUGCAGCCUUUCAUUUGUCAUCAAGGUGAUAGUUCAAUAAGAAAAAUAAGUGAUUAUUUUUGA